CAUCUCAGCUUCAGUGGGGUCGCUAUGAGACUGGUUCUUCCUAACCCAGGACUGGAUGACAGAAUCCCUUCCUAUGAGGACCUGGACAGUAUGGAGAAGGAGGAAGCCGGGGACAGGCCCAAGUGGGACAACAAAGCCCAGUACAUCCUAACUUGUGUGGGCUUGUGCAUUGGGAUUGGCAAUGUGUGGCGAUUCCCUUAUUUGUGUCAAAGUCAUGGAGGAGGUGCGUUUUUGAUUCCCUACGUGAUCCUGCUGGUGCUGGAAGGAAUGCCUCUCCUGCUGCUGGAGUUUGCCAUCGGCCAGCGUCUCAGGAAAGGCAGCGUGGGAGUGUGGAGGGCCAUCAGCCCUUAUCUGACUGGUGUUGGUGUAGCCUCCAUGCUGGUGUCCUUAUUGAUUGGACUGUACUACAACACCUUAAUAGCCUGGAUCUUGUGGUAUCUCUUCAAUUCCUUUCAAAGCCCACUGCCUUGGGCUCAGUGUCCUCUCAAUGACAAUGGGACAGGAUUUGUACCAGAGUGUCAACGAAGCUCCGCUGUGGAUUACUAUUUCUACCAAGUGACUCUUAAUAGUUCAGCUUCCAUUGUGGACUCUGGAGGAAUCCACUGGCCCAUUGUACUCUGCCUGCUAGCUGCCUGGACAGUCAUGUGUGUCUGCUACAUACGGGGGAUCGGCACUUCAGGCAAGGCAGUGUAUGUCACAGCCAUCCUGCCUUACAUAGUGCUGGCCAUCUUCCUGAUCCGAGGACUGACUCUUAAAGGUGCCCUGAGUGGAAUAAUGUUCCUCUUCACACCAGACGUUGAUGAGUUGAUGAACCCAACAACUUGGCUGGAUGCAGGUGCUCAGGUCCUGUAUGCCUUUGGUUUGGGGUGGGGAGGCGUCAUCUCCUUCUCAAGCUACAACCCUGUUCACAACAACUGCAUGCAAGAUGCUGUGAUGCUAACAGCCAUAACUGGCCUCACCUCAAUCUAUGCUGCCACAGUCACCUACACCAUCAUCGGCUUCAGGGCCACAGAGAAAUAUGACAGCUGUAUCAGUGAUAACAUCAUGACAUUAUUAAAUGCAUUUGAACUUCCUGAAGACAGCAUCUUUACAAGCAACUACGACGCAGCCUUUAACCAUCUCAACAGCUCCUCUCCUGAUAUUAUUCUCGGCUUGGACAUCAAAAUCUGUGACCUGCAGACACUUCUCAGUGAGGGAGUGGAGGGAACAGGUCUGGCCUUCAUCGUGUUCACGGAAGCCAUCGCCAACAUGCCUGGUUCUCCAGCCUGGUCUGUCCUCUUUUUCAUCAUGCUUUUCUGCUUGGGUAUCUCAAGCCUGUUUGGCAACAUUGAAGGAGUGGUGGUCCCACUGAAAGACCUGAAUAUGUUACCUCAAAAAUGGCCCCAAGAAGCACGGACUGGAGUAACGUGUGCUGUUGCCUUCAUCAUCUCCCUCCUGUUUGCGCAGCAUUCAGGGAUUUAUUGGGUAACUCUCUUCGACAACUUUGCUGGAUCUGUUCCACUUCUGACUAUUGGACUGAUUGAGAUGAUAGCGGUUGUAUACAUCUACGGCAUAGACAGUUAA